AUGUCGCUGAAGCCGUUUGGUUACCUUAAGAGGUCAGCUUGUAAUGUAUCAUCCACGUUUUUUAGUCCACAGCGCAGCGAAGGACUAUAUACUUCUACAAAUUGCUGCCUCAACUAUAUACGUGAAGAAAAUCGUAAAGCCGGAAGGUUGGCUAAUAAUAGAGAACAUGAAGAUAAAGGUAUAGCUUAUACUGAAAUUUAUGUAAGAUUAAUGUUAUCAAAACGUCUUAGAAUAUUUAUAAUUAAAGUCGUCUAUUUCAGAUUAACUAAGU